AUGGCGUCGGGCUCCGCCAAGCAUUUGCCUCUCCACGGCGAAACAUCCAUCUCCGCCGUCUCUGCCGCCGCCAUCGACAUCAAGAGCUUCUUCUCCGCCGUGAAACCGAGAAAAACCUCGACAUUCCUCUACGCAUUCGCCGUCACUUUCGUCACCUUCACUCUCUUUUUAGCCUUUACCCCUCCUCCCAUCACUGUCGCUCCUUCAAUCUCUUCCUACAUUCUUCCUUCCCUCACUGCCUCCAAUUUGUCCAACCUAACCGUCAAUUCCAAUCUCACCGAAACCGCCACAUUGCCGGUGAAUCUCACUCCGGUUACUCAAAACGCAACCUCUGUCUCUCCCGUCGCUAACGGAACAAAUCUACUUGCUAUAACCAACACAUCUCAGUCUCACACCGGUCAUGCAACGCCGUCUCCUGAACUCAAGACUGAUGUCGAUACUGCUCGAAAUUUGGACAAACAUCGAGCCGUGAAAGCGCCUCGGUCGGAGGAUCUAGCCGUCGUCAAUUCCACUGGUUCUCCUCCGGUGAGGAACCGAAGUAGGAGGAAGUCGUCGUCGUCGCGGAGACGAGAGAUCGAGUCUCUGAAGAAUUGCGAGUUUUUCGAGGGAGAGUGGGUGAAAGACGAUUCGUAUCCGCUUUACAAACCCGGUUCGUGUAGUCUGAUCGAUGAACAGUUUAAUUGCAUCUCCAACGGAAGACCUGACUUUGAUUUCCACAAAUUGAAGUGGAAACCUAAGAAAUGCUCUCUACCAAGGUUAAAUGGAGGGAAGUUGCUAAAGAUGAUAAGAGGAAGAAGGCUUGUGUUUGUUGGAGAUUCGCUAAACAGGAACAUGUGGGAAUCUCUGGUUUGUAUUCUUAAAGGAGCAGUGAAAGAUGAGACUCAAGUCUUUGAGGCUCAUGGAAGGCAUCAGUUUCGUUGGGAGGCUGAGUACUCUUUCGUCUUCAAAGAUUAUAAUUGCACAGUGGAGUUCUAUGCUUCGCCUUUCUUGGUUCGAGAAUGGGAAGUUACAGACAAGAACGGGACGAAGAAGGAGACUUUGCGUUUAGAUUUGGUCGGGAAGUCGUCGGAGCAGUACAAAGGAGCUGAUAUACUUGUAUUCAACACAGGACACUGGUGGACUCAUGAUAAAACUUCCAAAGGGGAGGAUUAUUAUCAAGAAGGGAACAAUGUUCACCAGAAACUCGACGUGGAUGAAGCUUUUCGAAAAGCGUUGACAACUUGGGGUAAAUGGGUCGAUAAGAACGUGAAUCCGAAGAAAUCUCUCGUCUUCUUUCGUGGAUAUUCCCCAUCACAUUUCAGUGGCGGGCAAUGGAAUGCAGGAGGAGCGUGCGAUGACGAAACAGAACCGAUCAAGAACGAGACUUACUUAACGCCUUACCCGUCGAAAAUGGAAAUACUUGAAAGAGUUUUAAGGGGAAUGAGAACACCAGUCACGUAUCUCAACAUCACGAGGUUAACGGAUUACAGGAAGGACGCACAUCCGUCUAUAUACCGGAAACAGAAACUAUCCGACGAAGAAAGUAAAUCGCCAUUGUUGUACCAAGACUGUAGCCACUGGUGCCUCCCCGGUGUGCCUGAUUCUUGGAACGAGAUUCUCUACGCUGAGCUGCUUGUAAAACUCGACCAGCUUGGCGGUAAAAGACGGCGGAAACCACUAAAAUGGUUAUAG